AUGAUGAUGGAAAUUCGAUCAUCCAAUGAAUCUUUUACAUUAGAAAAGCUUACAAAUAAAACCACUGAUUCGAAUAUAAAAGAUAAUUUAUGUUCCGUUAAAAUAUUAAUUGAUUAUAAUGAAAUAGAUAGUGAUGUUACAAUUCAAUUCAAACAAAAUAUAAAUUAUACUGUUAAUAAAUUAACUUUUGAAACAAAUUUUUUAUUAUCUGAAUAUAAUGAUUCUAUAAUUAGUUCAAUUGAAUAUUCAUGUUCAUCGGAUGAUCUAUGUGAUAAAGCAUUUAUAAAUCGAUGGAUUCGUUGGUUCACUGGUAUUAAUUAUGGACAAUUGAAAAAUAAAUUUAUUAAUUUAACAACAUUCGAUGUUCAAUCAAAUCGAUGUUAUAUUGUUUCUGGAAAAAUUAUAGAAUGUUCACAUGUUAUGUGCUUUAAUCCUUAUACAUCAAUUUUAAAUUAUGACGAUUGUUUACUUAAUCAAUCAAUAACAACAAAAUCACUUUAUAUUAAAAUGGAAAGUAUCGAUUUAAAAAAAUUAGAUUAUGAAAAACUGACAUAUAGUUGUAUGUCUGAAAAAUGUGUUAGUGAAAGAAUAUUUAGAUAUAUUUGGGAAGAAACUUCUUUUUUAUUUGAAGAUAUCACGAAUGUUAUUCAAUCGAUCCAUUUUACCAAUCGAAUGAAUAGCAUACUUAAUCGUUCGUCAAAAGAAGUUCAGAUUUCAAUGACACAUCAAUCAAAUAAUUAUAUAACAACACUUAUUCAAAAUUUUUCAAUGGGCACAGUUAUACUUAUUGGUAUUUUUACCAGUGUUCUAUUUAUCAUUUGCUACUGUUGGUGUUGUAGUUGUUUACGUUCGACAACAUCGAAGCAAUCUUUAGAACCAUCAGAAAAAGCAUAA